AUGCCUCGUCCAGCAUUUUUAUGGUGCAGCGGAGGAGCUCCACUGGUAAACGAGCUAAUCACAGAGACAGAUGGUAAUAACCUGAGUGGACUUGUGAAUACUCCUGCCAACUGCAAUCACUUUGCUGAGGGUAUCAAACCAUUGACUUCAUCCACUCUUGUGUACAAAGAAGAGUGUGUCUAUUGUUUUUCCAAAUGGGAUCAAAACAAAGGAAUCGAUGUCUGUCUUACCUGCUACCAGGGAUUCUGCACGGGUUCUGCAGAACACUCCCGCUUCCACUUCAAAAAAUCGGGCCAUCCGCUCUAUCUUCGUCUUUUCCGUUAUGAACUCCCUUCCCCUGCUCCCGCCUCCACAUCCGCAGAAAACGCCGAUUCCUGCCCAGAAAAACUCACGAAGCUCGCAAUCGGCGUGGAAGGAGGCGCUUUGCCCCCCUCUCCGAUCUACGAAACGGACAUGCAAGUCGUGUGUCUGGCUUGCGAUCUUACGAUGCCAGCGCCAGACUUCGUUGUGUUUGAUCCUGUUUGUGACACACAGGUGCGUGAAAUCGGGGAGCGGAUCUUGCUGAGCGCGUCUGGCGAGAAAGAAAAAGAGCUGAGUCAAUGGGAGGCGGAGAACGCGAAGCUAUGUCCGCACUGCGAGGCCUAUCAACGCCCCGAUCCCUGUCCACACGUCGAUCUGAAGACGAUGCGAUGCGAAGACUGCGAGUUAGCGCGGAAUCUGUGGCUGUGUUUGGAGUGCGGAACGUUCCAUUGCGGAAGACAGCAGUGGAACGCGACGGAGGAAAUGCCGGGAAAUGGCCACGCGAUCGAGCAUUUCCGGAAAACAGGGCAUUGUCUGGUGGUGAAGGUCGCUUCGAUCCAGGAAAAUCACGCAGAUGUGCAUUGCUACGCGUGCGACGACGAUCCGGCUUGCAACUACGGCGAUGUGCUGCUGCCGUCCAUCCACUCCGUCCUCACCGCGUUCGGCGUGCUGGCAAACGGGAAGCUUGUCGGUCUACCGAGCUCGCAGCACGAAAAAUCGCUGUUGGAAAUGAAUCUUUUCGUGAACACGGAGUUCAAUUUCUCCAUGAACGAUCCUCAGGGCGAUCCCUACCCGCUUGCAGCCACGCCGUCCGCUUGCGGACUCGACAAUCUCGGAAAUAGUUGCUAUCUGAACGCCAUUCUCCAGUGCCUUCUGCAUCUCCGCUCGGUGAAACGGCUGCUCCAGAACGCUUAUUGGAGCACUCACUUCCAAUACUGCACCAACCCUCUUCCUUCCAGCUGUCUUCUCUGCCAGUUCUCCAAAGUCGCUCAGGAAAUGCGCAACGGCGCGGCAGGGAAGCACGUGCAGCCCAGGCUGCUGAAGCAGGCGAUCGGCGGCGUAGCGCCGGAUUUUAACAACACACAGCAGCAGGGUUCGGAACGAAACACGCAAUGA